CUGACGUUUCCAUAUAUUUAUAAAUCGGAUCGAAAAUAACAAGGUAUAAAUUACAAUAAACCUUUAUUUUGUCUUGAAAUACUACAGAUAUAUUGUAAAUCAAAGUGUCGUUCUCAAAAUUCCUAUCCACACUAUAUUAGUUAGAUAUGUUGCGGUUAACGGUGAAUAAAGUCCUUAACGGGGCUAAGAAUUGCCCUAAGCAAUUGAGUGUAAUAACAAGGGCUCAAAGUGAUCAAGCCAAGAAACCUGCAAAAAUUGAAGUAUUCAUCGAUGACAAACCUGUGAUGGUCGAACCAGGCACAACAGUUUUACAAGCCGCCGCAAUGGUUGGUGUAGAAAUACCCAGGUUCUGUUACCAUGAACGUCUUGCAGUUGCUGGCAAUUGCAGAAUGUGUUUGGUUGAAGUUGAAAAAUCACCUAAACCUGUUGCUGCUUGUGCCAUGCCAGUUAUGAAAGGGUGGCGCAUAAAGACUGACUCUGAAAUGACCAGGAAGGCACGUGAAGGUGUGAUGGAGUUUUUGUUAGUGAACCAUCCGUUGGAUUGUCCAAUUUGUGAUCAAGGAGGAGAAUGUGAUUUGCAAGAUCAAAGCAUGGCUUUUGGCUCAGACAGGUCUAGAUUUACUGACAUUGACCACUCUGGUAAAAGGGCUGUUGAAGAUAAAGACAUUGGACCGUUAAUUAAGACCAUUAUGACCAGAUGCAUUCAUUGCACUAGGUGUAUCAGAUUUGCAUCUGAGGUUGCUGGAGUUGAUGAUUUGGGUACCACUGGUAGAGGUUCUGACAUGCAAGUAGGAACAUACAUUGAAAAGCUUUUCUUGUCUGAAUUGUCCGGCAACAUCAUCGAUUUGUGCCCAGUGGGCGCUUUGACCAGUAAACCGUACAGUUUUACCGCCAGACCGUGGGAAAUCAGAAAGAUCGAUUCAAUCGACGUUUUGGACGCUGUAGGUUCAAACAUCGUCGUGUCGACGAGAACUGGUGAAGUCCUCAGGAUCCUGCCUCGACUUAACGAGGAAAUCAAUGAGGAAUGGUUAUCGGACAAAUCAAGAUUUGCUUAUGACGGUCUGAAGCGUCAACGAUUGGUUACUCCAAUGUUGAGGGAUUCGAAUGGGGAACUGAAGGCCGUUGACUGGGAAGCUGCUUUGCUCACUGUGGGAAAACAGAUUAAAAACGCAGGUGAUAAGAUUGGUGCGGUCGCUGGUGGUUUCGCCGAUGCCGAACUAUUGGUUGCCGUUAAGGAUCUUCUGAAUCGUCUUGGCUCUGAAAACUUGUGCACUGAACAUAUUUUCCCCAUGGACGGAUCCGGCACCGACCUUAGAUCCAGCUAUCUGUUAAACAACAAGAUUGCAGGCGCCGAAGAGGCCGACGUUGUUCUGCUUAUUGGAACAAAUCCGCGUUUAGAGGCUCCUCUUCUUAACUCCAGGCUAAGAAAGGCGUGGGUCCAUAAGGAAUUAGACGUUGCUUUGGUAGGUCCUAAAGUUGACUUGAGGUAUUCUUAUGAUCAUUUGGGUGACGAUCCAUCGACAUUGAAAGCGUUGACUUCUGGAACUCAUUCGUUCAGUCAAAAACUGAAAUCGGCGAAGAAGCCACUGAUCAUAAUUGGAGCUGACACAUUGGAAAGAUCUGAUGGAGCAGCCAUACUGGCUCAAGUUCAAAACUUGGCCAACUCACUCAAUCCAGCUGAGAAGGACUGGAAAGUCUUGAAUGUGCUUCACAAAGUUGCCAGUCAAGUUGCAGCUCUUGAUAUCGGUUAUACCCCUGGUGUGGAUAAAAUUAGGAAUGGUAAUUUGAAGGUUUUAUUCUUGUUGGGAGCUGAUGAAGGAGCAAUAACCAAGGAAGACUUACCCAAGGAUUGCUUCGUAAUUUACCAAGGACACCAUGGUGACCAGGGCGCCUUGAUCGCCGACGCAGUUUUGCCCGGCGCCGCCUACACCGAGAAACAAGCGACAUACGUGAACACCGAGGGCAGAGCCCAACAGACUUUGGUGGCCGUCACUCCACCAGGAAGGGCACGUGAAGAUUGGAAGAUCAUCAGGGCACUAUCCGAAAUUAUCGGCGAACGUUUGCCCUACGAUAACUUAAACGAAAUUCGCGACAGAUUGGAAGAGGUCGCUCCCCACCUCACUCGAUACGGCCAUGCUGAAAAUGCGAACUUCUUCAAGCAGGCUGCCGCCUUGGCUAGCGGUAAUGAUGUAGAAUGUACUCCAUUAGAUGUUAAAAUUAAGGAACUUAAAGAUUUCUAUAUGACAGAUUCAAUCAGUAGAGCAUCCCCGACAAUGGCAAAGUGCGUUCAAGCUGCUUUGAAACAAAAGUUAUGUUAAAUCAAUUCAAAGUUAUAUUUAUGUAAAUUUUAGAAGAUCUAAGCACUAUUGUUAGUGAAAUAAGAUGAAAAGUACAGUCUUAACAUUAAAUUGGAGGUAUUAUGUUCCAUCUUUUUUUAUUUUUUAAUUCAGUUUAUUUGCUUUGUACAUUAUCUUUAAAUACCAAUAAACAUGUAUUAUACUUUA